AUGGAGAAGAAAUCUAGAUUUGAACUUAUUAAAAUUGUAGAAGCCCAGAAAGAGCAACUAACUCGGUAUGAAACAAGGCUCAGAGGUAAGAGAAUUUCUUACUUUACACGCUUAUGUUUUAUGUUUUUUCAGGAAAAGACAAACUUGAACUAGUACUUCGACUCAUUCUUCUAAACGGUUGGUUCAGCUCUGAAUUGAGGACUGCCCCUAUCUCGGGUUGACAUUUGAACAGUCAAAGAAAGCAGCAUUGUUAAAAUAAUCAAGAUAUUCUCAUCUGGUCAAUAGCUGCCAGGGCUGUUACUAAGGACCUUCCCCUAUUUACUGCGAGCAUGACUGCUGGCCACUUUCACAGGAAAUAAUAGGAAAAUGUAAUUCGUUGCUGUUUAAUUCCCUGCCUACUUAUUGGAUUUAUCUACUAACUAAAUGACAGCCCUGAGCUGAGCUCAGGAACUCUUUAAAGUUUUUUUAGCCGAUAGAUUGGGGUCUAAAGCUUUUUUAGCUAAGAUUGGGGUCCGUUUAUCAGGCAGGGCCAAGUUGUUCGAAGGCCGAUUAGCGCUAACCUGGGGUUAAAUUUUAAUUCGGGUUUCUUUUUCUUUUGUUUAAAAGCAUUUUCUCGGAUAAUUUUCUCUAUUCCUUUUGGAACGUCCAGUCAUCACAUUGUUGACAAAAAGAAUUAAACUGAAUUUUCUUCUCAAGCUUUCAUAACUGAAUUCAAAUUUCACCCUAACCCCGGGUUAACUUAACCCCGCUUUGAACAACCUGACCCAGAAUUACUGGUAUACCUUUGAGAAACAGACAAAAAACCUGAAAUCCAAACCUGACUGAUAGUAGUAUGGGCUCUAGCUCACAAACUGGUCCAUUUUGUUUCAUUAACAGAUAGGUUUAUUUUUAACUUCCAAAACUAUUACAGUCAAACCGGGAAAACUGUGAACACCAGAAAUAUUUCUGGAAUGUUAUUGUGUUGCAAGAAAAAGCCAAUUGCGUGUGAGAAACUAAACGGCAAGCAAGAACGUUAAUUAGUUUGUGGUUUUGUAGCUAGUUUGCUUGUCCUGAUCUUUGUGAUUGGUCACAACACAAUAAACAGUCCCGCAAUAUUGCAAGUGUUCACUGUUUUGCCGAUUUGCCAGCAAUAAAAUUGACGUUGUAACCAUAAAACCGCUCUCCAGACCCUAAUAUACCUAGGACAUUCGAGAAGUGGGCGACAAAAGGAUGAUAAUAAGGCAAAGAGUAAGGCCCUUCCUCUCCUCUAGAUGAGAGCUUUUUCACAGGCUAAUCAACUACACAAAGUGAAUAAUCUUACCAAGGACCACAUGAAGUGUCCACAAGAGUGAUGUUUGCAGAGUGUUUUCUAAUAGAGAGGUAUCUACAGAAGAGAUUUAACUGCAUAUAAUUAUAGUUAUUUCAUUUGUUACAUUGAUUAUUUAACAGAUGUUGUCCAUGCCUACAAGAAUUUGUUGAGUGAGAAAGAUGCCUUGGAAGCCAGUGUCAAUGUCUUGACGACCUCCAGUAACCAUGCGCCAAAAAGCCUUCAAAAGGAAGCAGCAGAAUCAGAGGCUGAUAAUCAUACUGGGGGGAAUGGAAGGAAUGAAAGCAAGAAAACAAAUAAAGAAAAGGGUGCAAAAAACCCUUUGAAAGGAGAAAGUGUGGAAGGAAAAGAAGUUUUGGACCAUCCAUUAGCAGUCAAAGAAAAUGAAGUGGAAGGUGAAGAUCAGUCUCAGCUUGCUGGCAAGGUAGCUGUAUAAUUAUGUAGCUUUAAUGAUAGUAAUUGAUCAACAAUAAGUAUACAGAUUUCAUAAAAUGAUUAAUAUAGAGGCUAGUGGGAAAGCAUGCUAACUGAUUAUUUUAAUUAUUAGUUUUUAUGUUUUUGCAAGUCCAAAAAAAAAUACCUUUUGGUUUUAAUUAGCACAAUCACCUUAACUAAGUGUUCAUGUUGUAAUUAAAAUUUGUUAUUAGAUUAUAUCAGUACUGCUUGUAACUUAUUAGAGUUAGCUUUUUGUUAGAGUUCUAAGUAAACAAAUGACUGCAGCCCUACAGCCCCUGUACUUACCGGACUGGAUGAUUUAAAAUGUAGGUCAUAAAAAACAGUGGGAGUCAAACUAUGGUUAACUUUCUCUUUAUGGACUGCCCUUCUUUACAUCUUUUAGUUAACUCUCUACACAAGAUGGACAUCUCUCUCAGACGGACACUUAGUGCUGGUCCAGGCCAUCUGAUAUUACGCGAUGGUGCGAUUUCGCACAAUUGACCUCAAAUUGCAUCCGAUCGCACAAUUUGAAGAAAAUCACAUAAUUCGUAAAAAAAAAUGCUGAAUUCAAGUAAAGUAAACAAUGAAUUCUUACUUUAAUUAAACAUUUUCCCACUGAAGAAAGUCUUGCAAGACAUCUAAAACCUUCAAUCGCAGUAUCUUGGCAGCCAUUUUGACUUCAGAGAUAAGCAGUGUGGUCAGCGGUGUAACGGUGUCAUGUAAUACUAAGCAAGCGUCCUUUUUUUCCGGGUAAAAAUAAUCGAACAAAUUUAACUAUUUUGUUUUAAAAUAGAUUUUUUAUCAUUCCUUUACAUUCAAAUUGCCUGUUAAACAACAUUAAAGUGGUUUUCUCCUUUGCAACUGGGUAAAACGAUGUAAAUUAGCCCUGAAAAAAUCACAUAAUUUAUAGCAUAAUGGUGCUAUCUUAUUGCAUAAUCUACCCUGAGAGUAUCGCGCAAUUUCUGAUUUUUUAUCGUAUCCUAUCAGAUGGCCUGCUAGUCCAGUAAAAAUGUCCGACUUGGGAGACUGGGAAGUUGACUGUAUUAAAUAUUUCUCCUAACAUUUCAUCAUCCUUUUCUAUACACUAACUUAUGAUUAAUUAAGUUAUAAUAGUAAAUGAUUAAGAGAUGUCCUGUUACAUUGUACAGUUUUACUAAGUAACCCUUUGUCAUCUCUUGACUGUAGGAAAACAAUUCAUCUUUACAAGCAGAGUUGGACACACAGCAGGAAAAGGUUGCGACUCUCAGUGCUUCACUUGCAACUGUAAUGCAGCAGAAAUCAAAGAUGGAGGCCAGCUACCAGGCAGAUAAAAAGAAAAUGAUGGUUGGUUUUGAAAUAUUCCUUGAUGUAGUAAUUAAAUAUGGAAAGUUUUACAAUGCAAUCUUAAAACACAAUUAAUGGAGUGUGACUCAGUUUGUCAGGGUUAGGUCACACAACAUUGGGAUAUCGCCUUUGGGUACACAUUUAACUUUUACUCGUAGUAUGUUACGCAAUUCAACUAAGUUAAUUUACGUGGGUUAAGUCUAGUUAGAAUUACGAACCUAUGAUCUCAAGAUUGACAAGCAUGAAAGUUAAGAUAAGUUUACCUAAGUUAACUUCACUUUAGGUUAAGUUGCACAUUAAUUUACGGCUUACACUUGCCAUUGCAAAUAACUCGUAGUAUGUUAAAUCACUGUCAAGUGUGGGAAAUUACUAGACACAGUAGAAGACAUUAGCGUAUGUUUCAAUCUAGCUGGCUACAUAUGUAUCACUUGCUCUUUAUGGCUAGUUAAAAUUAUUUACAUGUUUACCUCAUGGAGCACCUCAUGUGCUCCCUUUAUUCAGUAUUACAGCAUUUAUCAUUGGCUGACCCUCAGACAUUAAGCUAACUUAAGGUCUUGUGAAAAAAGCUUUUUGAAAAUCCCACCCUUCCCUCCCUUUGGAGUAGUUUUAUUGUUUUUAUCAAUAAACGCGGGCUCACCACUCUUUAUUCCCUUUCAGCUUAAGUCUUGCAGGGACUUUCCCAAGCUUUGUUUUUUAGCGAUUUUAUUGCUACGUUCUUGAAUUGCCAUUAUUCCAGCACAUGUCAGCUUAUAGUGCUGAUAUAAAGAUAAAAUGGCUUGAGCAAUAUAAUUGCCUACACUCAUUCCAUUAAGUUGCACAUGUACAAUGCUGGCCAGUGGUCUUAGCUCAUAGUACCGUGGAGAGUUAGGCUGUAAGAUAUAUGUUUUGGACCUACCUAGAACUUGUCCAAUCCGGCAUAGAUCUUUUAAAGUAACACCGGGGAGAUAAGUUAGGCUUUAUGGUCAUGCUAUGGAAGUCAUCUGCCCUGCCAAUUGCAGAGCAAUGCUCCCCCCUUUAUGCCAUGUGUCUUGCUGCUGUGUUUUUACUUAACCUUGUCUUUUAAAGCAUAGUUAAGGAACUGCAACAUUAAAUGAUAGCAAAAAAGAAGUAUCAUGCCUCUUAACCUAAGUACUAAGUAGCUUUUUCUUGUUUUAUAGCAAGAACAUGAAGUUAAAAACCAAGAACAUGAACAAGAAAUAGAGAAGUUAAAAAGUAACUUAGAGUCCCUGCAAGAACAACUUCAAGAG